UGGAGAGGUGAUGUGCCACACCCUGAGGGCCAUCUCUGAGCUAAUGGAACAUGGCUUUGUGUCAUGGGAGACGUUCAGUACCACGUUUAUACAAAAGGUUGUGACCUUCGUGAACACGAAUCUGAUGCUGCUGGAGAUCACUCAGCUCGCUCUCAUCAUCCUGGAGAGUGUGGUUCAGAGUAACACUAAGCUGGCGGACAUGGUGCGAGUAGAGGUUCCUCUGGACAGACUGCUCACCCUUCUACAGCUGCCAGCUCAAGAGACUCAGAUUAAAGUGAUGGCGCUCAUUGUGGCCUUACUACAGAAAGUCGGCGGACGAGAGCGAGUGGAAAUGCUGGAUUAUCUAUGGAAAAAGAACAUGCGGCAGUUUAUCCACAAGAACAUAAUCCACAGCUGGCCACAACUGGGGGAUGAAAUGCGUCACUACCUGUACGUGCUGCAGUGUCUCAGUCUGGGCCUAUUGGAGAGUCGGAUGAGGAUGGCCAUGGACCCGAACGACACUGAGCAGCGACAGCAGCUCCAGAAUCUACGUCUCAUGGCUUUUCCAAAUGAAGCUGAUGAAGGAGGUCACAUGACAUCAGAGCAGCGGCGCUCAAUCUGCGCCAAAGAAUUCCGCAAACUUGGCUUUACAAAUAAUGGCAGCCCAUGGCAGGACCUGUGUCUCACUCCUCCUGGACUCCUGACUCUCGACAAUAUGGUGUAUUUCUCUAUACGUUGGCCUAGUGCCUACAGUCGGUUUGUGCUUGAGAAUAGCAGUCGGGAAGACAAACACGUCUGUCCAUUUGCCAGAAGCAGUAUUCACGUGACCCUGAUUCUCUGUGAGAUCCUUCAAGUUGGAGAAACUGCCUCAGAGACAGGGCAGGGUUUCCUGACUCUUUUCUACGCACAAGACCACUUUUUCCAGGAGCUGUUCUGUGUGUGCAUUCAGGUGCUUAAUAAGACCUGGAAGGAGAUGAGAGCCACCCAGGAAGACUUUGACAAGGUGAUGCAUGUGGUAAAGGAGCAGAUUUCUCGUACCCUCGGUCAUGCUCCAACAUCUCUGGACUUCUUUCGAACAAAGAUAUCAUCUCUUAAUUAUAGUGAGAUUCUCCGCAGACGUCAGGAAGAAAGACUGAGCCAGGAUGAUGCCCUCUCCCCACCUGUUAUGGAACUAAGACAGCAGUUACAGCCAGAGCUCCUGAACCUGAUCAGACAGCAUCGGCUUCACUAUCUUUGUGAGGGAACUAAGUUCCGAAAGAUUAGCAGCCGCCGAAGACAGGAUAAAUUGUGGUUUUGUCGUCUCUCUCCAAACCACAAAGUCCUGCACUAUGGAGAUCUGGAAGACAACAUCAACAACCCACCCAUUGAAAUGCUUCCACAGAAAAUUUCAGUUGCAGAUAUAAAAUCUGUGUUAACGGGAAAGGAUUGUCCACACAUGAAGGAGAAGAAUUCUGGGAAGCAGAAUAGGGACCUCAUGGAACAGGCAUUUUCUAUAUGCUAUGAUGUAGACAGCUGCCUGAACUUCAUUGCACCUUCUUCUACUGACGUAAGGAUUAUUGUUUUCAUGAAUGUUGGAUCAGGAGUGAUAGUACUGAAUGCAGCAAUGGCGGGAUACUUGUAAUCAUUUGUGAGAGAAUGUCUGCUUCUGAACCAAGACAACUUCUUCCCAUUGCACAGAGACCAUCCAUUUUCCGCCAUUAGGCGGAGUGAUGGAUAUUCCCUUAUAUCAAAGAGAGAUGCAGCAACUGUUAACAUGAGAUGUAUAUAGGAGUACUAGGUGCAGAAUGGGGGGGGGGGGGGUAUUUACAAAAUGUGCACUGUUUACCUCUCAUACCUUUCUGACAUUCUUUUACUAAACUAGGCAAGUAUACAAGUGGAGGGCUACACACCCCAGAUCUGGCCCUACUGUGGUUGUGUCUAGUGGGUCCUGUGGCCUGGACUAGUGGUUCACGGAGAACAAAAGCUCCCACAGCCAAGAAGCCUCACACACACACACAUAAUGGCACAAUCUGUAAAAAGCAUCUUUUCAACAAGGAUUCACUGUGCAGACCUUUCACAGUCCCAGUGCCUAUGGCGGCCUGCAGAUUAUGGUGGCGGGUCUUGGAUAUGGCUCCUGUACUUUGCUGAUCUUCUUUCAUUUCAUUUAUCUGCAGUUUUGCCUGUGGCUUGAUGGGCUGAAUUCAUUGUUGGGUCGAGAAAUGCCCAGUGAGCGGACGCGCACUGACCUUGAUCUCCUGCUGAAUACUGAACUCAAGUUGCGGUUAUUGGACCUGGAAAACAUCCCAAUCC